CGCGCGCGCUCCGGAUCGCUCGGGCUACCUCAGGACAGAGAGAGAGAGCGCUACAACUUUACGAGAGGAUAUGAUUCAUGCGUGGAUGACGGAGGAUCGGUGACAGGAGGACUCGGGGGAGUUCAGGUUCAGCAGGAACAAGGACGAGUCUUGGCCCCUCUCCUCCCCCGAGCACUUUGCGCAAGGUGUUCCACAGAGAAGAAGCAUCUACUGUGGGUUAAUGACCGGAGGGACACUUUUCAUGGAUUUCUCUGACUUGUGAUGCUACUGUUCUUCCCUCAGUGAGCUCGUGCAGCCUCUAUAAUCCUUUUCUUACCUCUCAAACUUCAGUCAGUGGAUCUUUUUGGGAGCGACAGGAUGGGUUCACGGACCGGGGCAGCUCUGCAGAGACAGACGCUCCUGUGGUUCAUUGUAGCUGUGUCUCAGUGUGUGUCAGUGCUGAGCUGUGGACCCCACUAUGAAUAUGCCAUCGAGGAGUUCUGCCUGGCAAAAUUCAAACUGGACAUGCAGGAGCUGGACCAGAGACAGUGGUGCAGCUGGGAGGACACAGUCGAACUGUAUGGCGAGCUGACGAACUGCACAUACCUGGUAGCGGAGAAAAUGGCGUGCUACUGGCCCAACAGGCUCGUGGACGAGUUCUUCAUCCGAGUCCACAAGCACUACUUCCACGACUGCUCCAUGUCUGGGCGACUUCUCAGGGACCCGCCCAACCGGAUCCUGGGUCCGUUCAUUGUUGUGCCUAUCUUGGUCACGCUCCUCAUGACUGCUCUGGUGGUCUGGAGGAGCAAACGCAGCGAAGGCAUUGUGUAGGGGUACAAAGGAACACCUGGAAGAGGAGCUGGAUGAGACCAACUAAGAACCAGACUCUACUUCACUGAUGCUUAAGUGCACUGACUAUAAUAAGCAGCUCCCUUCUAUGAGCAUACCAACAGUCCAUCAUGGAUUCAUUUAAUCCUUUGGUUUACAGCGCAAGGAUGAGCUGAACUUCUUACCCAAAUCUGAGGUGGACCAGGAUAGUGACUUGUGAGGGGAUUGUAAAUACAGAAAAUAACUUUGCUGAGAAUAAAACCUGCCUCCAACCAUUUUCAUUGUGGUCACCACCACACGGACAAGAAUUACACAACUAUUUUUGGACAAGAAAAAGUUCUUCUACCUACAAGACUCAACAUCAACACAGGAAUGAAAUAACCUUAGCUGAACUCUCACAAAAAGACUGAUAUUACACCAUGGCUCAGAUUCAUCAAGACAGUUACAGCAACUUCUUUUAGGGAACCCAGGUUUAAAAAAAGAACUAAUGUGUAUGUGUAUACAUAUCAUAGACUGUAUAUUAGUAUGGACAACACCUCUCGAUCUCCUCCUGUUGUACAAAAGUGAAGUCAAAAUCCUGCGUCAAUGGUUGCUGACACAUAAUGCGGUUAAUCCAAGGUGUAUGUAGAAGGAACCUGGCUUAUGAUGCUGCGAUAUCAUUGUUACAUCCUUCUGCUAACAAAAGCACACAUUAAAUUUACCGAUACAUCAUCAGAGAUCCCUCAGGUCAGCCCACUUCUCAGAGGAACAAGAGGUUAUGGAGGGUUAAAUGGCUGUAAUGUAGUUACAGACGCCAGUAAAUUUUCUCAUCUUUCCUCCUGUAAUCAGCUCAUCAAGUUUAGCAUGCUGCAAAGAGUCACAUAUGUCAAAUUAGCUACCAAUCAUGAUAUAUGAUCCAGUCUUUUUGUAAAUAUGAAUUGAAAAUUGCACUUAAACAUAAAGUCAGCAUGAUAAUUAUCAUGUCAGAAACAUGUUUGAGAAAUAUUGAUUUAAUCUGUUAUUCCAUCUGGUAGUAUGGAGGAGGCAGAAUUAAUGACCUAUGUGUCUGCUAGUGAGCAGGAGGAGCUUGUGAUCUUUAGGCUUUAAAUGGGACAUAUCAUGAAAAAUCCACAUUUUCAGUGUUUUUCACAUAUGCAUCUGUAUGUCAGCAGGCCAGACUAUUUUUUUUAGCAACAUCAAUAUGACCAAACACUGAUAUAUAGGCUGCUGGUUUAUGUAUAACUUUAAUUUAUUCAGUGUUAGAUACAUGUACCAAUCAAUGAGUGCUGCAAGAAGUCUGAACAAUUCACACAAUAAUUUAACAUUUUUAGCAUCCAUUGAUGAUGAAUUUAUAAGUCUUCAUUACUCAUCAUAAGUAUUGCUAUCUAAUGCUUUAACAGCAAUGCAUUUUACACAAUAUCUGAUCUGACACCAUGUUUAUUUCACGUGACCCUGGAUUGGUUUAUCAACAGUACAGAAUCCAGUAAGGAGAGAACGUGAGCUUCACUAUGGAGAUUUUUCCCUCACUGGUGUGCUGCCAUGCAGCCUGAUCUGCUUGUAGAGAUCCAGGCUUCUCCUGCUGAGUCAAAACUCAACUUUUAAGCACAUCCAAGCCCUGACUGUUGUUAUUCAGAAAUUCUGUUGGAACCUCUGACCUUUUAGUGCUGCUCUUCCACCAAACAAGCAGACCGCUCAUGUCAUCUGACUCCCUAUGUCCGGAUCAGGAUUGAAUUUUCAAUUAUAAUAAAACUUUCACCUGAGGAGAGCAAUUUUUACUAUCUGGUGACAACUGGAGGUAAAUACAUGGCAGGAUUUAUAAAAAAAUGUCAAACAUAAGCCAUUAAGACCACAAUGUCACGUUUUUGUUGACGUAGGAUUAAAAGAGGAAGUGAGAUGGUGCUCUCGCCAUCAGCCAGAACUACCUUUCUACGUGAACUGACUCUGUGUUGACUACAGUUCCACUUCAUCAGGGAAUUGGUCUUAAGUAGAUUUGCCCACUCAUUGAAGUCCACAACAAUCCUCUACUCAGCCCAGAACCCAUCCUUGUCCCGGCCACUGUGUUGGUGUUAAUGUCACUCAGCUGUCUCCAGUUCCCUUUUUUUGGUUUCUUUAUUACCUGCAGCGAUGACUAACUCAAAUCUUUCCAUACCGUCAAUUUCCCUGCAUAGUUUUCAGCAGCUCUAAAGUCCUCCAGAGAUAAGCUUUGUUUGACAUCAUCCACAUUGGCCACAUAAUUAUUCACCACCUACUGUAUAUCAGCCAUGUGCUGCCUACGUAGAUUUGAAACCCCAGCACUGAAGUGAAGAUGGGUCAUUGUAAAAGUACUUUGAGUUUAUAUUAAAGGAUUCUUGUUAAAUAUCUACUAGAUAACACAAUAUAUAUGUCAUAAUUAACUAAACUUAGCACAAAAAGGAAAGUUGUGUUCGGUAGUUUAUUUCUUUGUUGUAACAAUGCUUCUUACCAAUAAAUUGUUGGAAAGUCUUUAUUUCCCUUUUAAAUGGUGCCACAUUUGUAAGGACCAUGCAUAUGAUGAGCAGCAGUGAGUUUGUGGGUUGCACCCAUUUUUUUUUGUUUGUUUGUUUGUUUGUUUUUUGUUGGUCAAAUCUUCUCUGCCAAUGCCAAACAGCUUAUUCUGCAACAUCAUGUUCAGUGAUGAAUCCAGAUUCUGCCUGGAUCAUGGGGUCAAAGUGUGGAGAAAACACGUAUAAGUGUGUGACCAGCAUGAGGAGGAGGUGUCAGACUAUUGUGGCUGUGUAUGGUUCUUACACACACUACUGAGGCUCCUGUUUGUUAAAAAUGUUGACGGUAUGUCUUGUUUUCUCAGACUUUUUUCAUGGGUGCAACCCACAUACUCAGCUCUGCUGCUCAUCCCACAAAUACAUGUUCCCUACAAAUGUGGCACCAUUUAAAAGGGUAAUAAACAGGUUUUUCAGUGGUAUAAGUUUUAUUGCCAAGAAGCAUCGCAAAGCACAACAAAAAAAUAAUCAAUGGACAUAUAUUUCCUUCCUUUGUGUGCAAAAUUUAUUUACCGGCAUAUACAGUCAUGGACGAAAGUAUUGGGACCCCUGAAAUUUUUCCAGAAAAUACAA